UUACAACCUCACUUUCAUCUUCAGACCACUACAUCGUCUUCUCCUGUCUUCUCGUGUUAUUUCUCGCUGCUCCUCUGCGCAAUACAUCUUUGAUGAACACGCACAUCCGGCUAUCUGAGUCCGUUUUCAUUGUCCGCGGGAGUAAAUGUGCGACUUGUCGGGACAGAGCUGAUUCGGCACAGUGUAUCUGAUGUAGCAUGUCCUCAACAUCUCUCCGUGCGAUAUUGAUUCACCCUUGAGUUCCGGAGCAAGUCUACUAUCUACGCCAAUGUUUGGCAUCAGAGCGGUAACCGACUCCCUUCGCUCCUUUCGCGCGUUUGAUGAUCGUCAAUGAUUGUGUUUCGUCCCGAAUGCAUAAAGUCGAGCAGAUCCCGCUGAGAUGUCUAUUCCUUUCCUUUCCUUUCUCCAAGGGCUUUCUUGCAGCCCUUCAGUCUUUCCCUGCCAGCCAGGUUCUCAUCACUCUUUCUCUUCGGCCCCAACCGCUUUUUGGAUUACUUCAUUUCAAUCUUCCAACCGCAAUGUUUACCUCCACUCUUUUGACGCUCCUCAGCGUCAGUGCGUCCCUCGCCGCCCCUAUCCGACGUGAUGUCACCCUCGAUGCGACUGCGACGGCCGAGGCCCAGCGCCGCGAUGCAACUGCGACUCGCGCGUUCAGUGGAGUCCCGAUUAAGACCUCGAGUGGAAAGUGUCUCUCUGUCAAUCCGUUCUCUGGAGACUUCCGGGAGAAUCUGACGCCGGUGAACCUCGUCGACUGCAACGGCAGUGCCAACCAGACCUGGGAUGUCAUCACCGCGGGCGUGCAUAACAACGCGCCUGGGACUGCUCUUAUCGUCAGCGCCUUGACCCAAGCGUGCCUUAACUUCGAUCCUCGGCGUGCCGCAGGCAACCAGGUGCUUCUGUUCUCGUGUGGUGGGCGGGCAGACGGAGGUGGAUCCGUCACGAACUCUCAGCAAUUCGCCUUCAACGGCGGCUCGGGCCCGAUUCCUCUGGCCCCGCUCAACGGGAACAACCAGACUUGUCUGACAGCCGGCGGCAAAUUGCUUGACCAGACGGCUUGCAACCCAGCUACUGCUUCCGGGAACUUAUUGUUCACUAUCGGUUCUGGUUCCGGCUCUGCGGCUGCACCUCCUCCGCCUCCACCUCCGGCUACGACUGCUGCCAGUGCUCCUACCAACGUGGCCGCCGCUGCCCCGGCUUUGCAGAGCGUCACGCUCGAUCAAACCGCCGUUGCUGAGGCUCAGGUUCGGGACAACACGGCCACCCGGGCUGCUUCCAGUGUUCCGAUCAAGGACUCGACUGGAAAGUGCCUCACUGUCAAUGCCAACUCGGGCGAUUUCCGCGAGAAUCUGACCCCCGUUACUGUCCAAGCCUGUGACGGCUCCGCUGGACAAAACUGGGAUGUGGUCACCGCUGGCAAGCACAACAAUGUCGCUGGAACUGCUCUGGUCGUCAGCGCUUUGACUCAAGCAUGCCUGAACUUCGAUCCGCGUCGUGCCGCAGGCAACCAAGUUCUGUUGUUCUCGUGUGGAGGUCGUGCUGACGGCGGAGGAUUGGUGACCAACUCUCAGCUGUUCACCUUCUCCGGCGCUGGCUCGAUCCCCCUCCAGCCGACGAACCAAGCCGGCACGUGCUUCUUCAACAACAACGGAUUCCUCGACCAGCAGGCUUGCAACAACGGGGCUGCGCAGCUUUUCACUAUCGGUUCUGGCUCUGCGGUUGCAGCCCCUCCCGCGGCGACGACGGCUGCUGCGGCCAAGACCACUGCUGCCGCACCUGCGACCACUGCUGCAGUUCCGGCGACCACUGCCGCUGCUGCUGCGCCCCCGCUCAAGAGCGUCACCCUCGACCUCACUGCCGUCGCCGAGUCCAUGGUUCGUGACAACACCGCAACUCGCGCUGCCUCUAGCGUUCCGAUCAAGGAUUCGACCGGAAAAUGUCUGACAGUCAACGCCAACUCGGGCGAUUUCCGCGAGAACUUGAUCCCGGUUACCGUUCAGGCCUGUGAUGGCUCCGCUGGCCAGAACUGGGACGUGAUCACUGCUGGAAAGCACAACAACGCGGCGGGGUCGGCUCUUGUUGUCAGCGCCUUGACCCAGGGAUGCCUGAACUUUGACCCCCGUCGUGCCGCAGGCAACCAAGUUCUGCUGUUCUCGUGCGGAGGACGGGCUGACGGCGGAGGAUCGGUUACCAACUCGCAGCUGUUUACCUUCACCGGCGCGUCCAAGUCCAUCCCUCUGCAGCCGGAGAACCAGGCUGGAACAUGUCUGUUCAACAACAACGGAUUCCUUGACCAGCAGUCGUGCAACAACGCUGGCUCGCAGGUAUUCACCAUCGGCUAGACGAAUGAACCAGCCAUUCUCGUAGAUAGGAUUACGAUGUACACGCAUAUUCCCAAAAAGAGUUUGUCGGUUACUUGGGCUCAGAUUGUGUGACUUACGCGGAUCGUCACCGACCACGUGCCGUCUCGUCACCAACUGGAA